AUGGCAGACGAAAUCGAGGACGACGGCCCCCAUGCCAGUGAUUCGUCAUCAUAUCUCGCGCGAGCCGCCACAUCCAUCCAGAACUCGACACAUGCAUCGGCCUCAAGACAGCCUGGCCAGACAUCGUCGAGACCUCAACCUCAGCCGGGCUUGGAUCGACAAAGUGGCGCUCCCGCCCCGUCGAAGACAGGUGUCGUGCAGCCUAAGCCACAAGCACUGGCAAAGCGAUCUGGAACAGCAUCCAUCAUCGUCUCGCCACGUCAGAAAGGCAAUCCCGUGCUUGAGAGGAUCAAGUCGAUGCCGUGGGAGUACGGCGACAUCCCUGCCGACUAUAUACUGGGCCUCACGACAUGUUGUCUCUUCCUGAGUCUCAAGUACCAUCGCCUGCAUCCAGAGUACAUCUACAAUCGCAUCAAGUCACUUCAAGGCAAGUAUGCGCUGCGUAUUGUCCUUUGCAUGGUUGAUAUUCAAAACCACGAGGAGAGUCUGAAGGAGCUCAACAAGACGAGCGUCAUCAACAACGUUACCAUCGUGCUAUGCUGGUCUGCUGCGGAAGGUGCACGAUAUCUUGAGCUCUUCAAGACUUAUGAGAACGCCGCACCUACCUCGAUCAAGCAGCACCAGUCUACGGCCUACAGCGAUCGCAUGGUAGAUUUUGUGACCACUCCACGGUCGGUCAAUAAGACUGAUGCCGUAUCACUAGUAUCUCAAUUUGGCACAGUUCGAACAGCAGUGAACGCGAGACACGAAGAUAUCGCUACCAUUGCUGGAUGGGGCGAGAAGAAAGUCCAGCAUUGGUGCCACAGUGUUCGCGAGCCAUUCCGAAUACAACGAAGUGCCAAACGAGGCAUGAACUUGGAGAAUCUCGUGGGCAGUCAGCCGGUAUCCAGGGCUCCCACAUUAUCACGAGACGUGACUCGAGCAGAAAGUGAUGUACCGGCCAAGAGCCCGGGCGCCGAAGACAGUCUAUUCGUACCGGCAGAGUCAUUGCCUAGUCGGCCUGUCACUUCUGGAGCGGAUGCUGAUCAAAGACCUCCAUCGCGUUUGGCCGAACACUCUCUUGAUGCACCGAGAGCAACGAACACAGCCGUUCCAGCGAAAAGAAUGGCAACAGAAAGCAACAGCGCGACUGAAGAAGCACCCAAAAAGCAUAAGCAGGACCACGAUCCUCUCAGUGAUGGUGUCAUGGCAGCAUUGAGCAAACUCAGGAAGACCUGA